AUGCUGCUGCUGCUGCUGCUGCUGCUGGAGAGGCGUGGGGUCCUGCUGGGAUCAGACACCAUCGACAGCAGCGAGAGGCGUGGGGUCCUGCUGGGAUCAGACACCAUCGACAGCAGCUUCUGCUGCAGCCGCCGCAACAGCAUCAACGCCCUGCAUGCAGCAACGCAUGCACAGCUGCUGCUGCUCCUGAGGAGGAUCCAUCUAACUACAAUCCUUGCUGCAGCUGCUGCUGCAGCAGCAGCAGCAGCUGCUGCUGCUGCUGCUGCUGCGCUGGACGCCCAGUGGCGACAUUUCCAGCAUCCGCAGCAGCAACAGCAAAAGCAACAGCAGCAGCACAGCCGCGACCAUCAUCAGCAUCACCAUCAGUAUCAGCAUCACCGUCAGCAGCAGCAGCAGCAGGACCAGCAGCAGCAGCAGCAGCAGCAGCAGGACCAGCAGCAGCAGCAGCAGCAGCAGGACCAGCAGCAGCAGCAGCAAGUUACUGUUCGAUAUAUUCUCUGGAUCUUCUUGCGUUGUCUUGUUGAUGAGCUAACUACAAUCCUUGCUGCAGCAGCUGCUGCGGCUGCUGCUGCAGCUGCUGCUGCGCUGGAUGCCCAGUGGCGACAUUUCCAGCAGCCGCAGCAGCAACAGCAAAAGCAACAGCAACAGCACCACCGCGACCAUCAUCAGCAUCACCAUCAGCAUCAGCAUCACCGUCAGCAGCAGCAGCAGCAGCAGCAGCAGCAGCAGCAGGACCAACAGCAGCAGCAGCAGCAGGACCCGCAGCAGCAGCAGCAGCAAGUUACUGUUCGAUAUAUUCUCUGGAUCUUCUUGCGUUGUCUUGUUGAUGAAUCAUCUGCUGCUGCUGCAGCUGCUGCUGCUGCUGCUGCUGCGUUGCUGCUGCCUCUAAGCAGUUGGCCUUCACGAGGAGGACGCGCAGCAGCAGCAGCAGCUCUGCGGUGUCUGCUGUGGGUGCCCCCGGCGAGUCUAGAUUUGCUGCUGCUGCUGCUGCUGCUGCUGCAGCAACUGCUGCAGUUGGCCGCCCCAGCAGCUGCAGCAGCUGCAUCUGCUGCAGCAGCAACUGCCAGUCCCUCGGGUGUAUCCUCAGCUCCUCUGUUGCUGUCUUCAGCGCCUCCUCAUAUUCCUGCGUAG